AUGAGGUUUCGGGCCAGGAUCACCAGCAAGAGUGUUCUAGAACUCUUUAUCCAGGUCAGCGGCACCGUAACAAAGCUGGCAAAGGUCUGUGUGCUCCGCGUGUGUCCGGACAGGCUGUGCUUCUGCCCCACAGGCCUUCCGGGUGAGGCCCGGCUGUGGGGUGAGGCGAAGCGGGGCGUCUUCCACCACUUCUGCAUGGAGGGUGUUUCGGAGGAGUUCAAUGAGAUCUAUCUAGAGCUGAUGUCUGAGCAUCUGGCCAGAGCCGUAAAGAAUGCGGGCAACGCUUCAUCCCUGAAGCUCCAGCUCACCAACAAGCUUCGUCCCUGCCUCACUGUGGUGGUGGAGCUGGCGUCGUGUCCUGGCCACACCCGUGCCAUGGUCCACGACUUGCCUGUGAAGGUGCUUCCUAGAAGGUGGUGGAAAGAGUGCACCGAGCCCCGAGUUUGGGCCUCUGAUGUGAGUGUUUAUCUGCCAUCUUUGAAGACCCUGAAGAGCAUGGUGGAGAGGAUGACAAGUGGUGAUCGUGUGCUGGUGGAAGCAAACCUAAAUGGCAAAAUGAACUUGAGCGUAGAAACUGAUGUAGUGACUAUUAAAAGCUAUUUUAAAAAUCUUGGAAAUCCUCCAAAGGCAGUUAUGGGUACGACUCAAGGUGAAGACCCGGAGAACAUGGUGCAAGUGAGGGUGGACAAUAGGAAGCUUCUACUAUUUUUGGAAGGACAGCAGAUAAACCCCACAGUGGCUCUAUGUAAUAUUUUGAGCAAUACUCUGCUUCAUCUUGUUUUGGUUCACGAUGGUGUCUCUCUUCAGUAUUUUAUCCCUGCUUCAUAA